AUGGGUGACAUUCGGUUCUCCACUCCUGAUUCCUCUUCCCAGGACGGAAGAGUCCUUUCCAUCGACCCAAAAUUGAAAAGCAGGGAUUUGCUGGUUCCGAUAGCCUCCAAUCUGGAAUACGAUGACCCCGACAUGAGACUCGAGCCCCGAGUCUCCUCAGGUGGUGGGAAUAUUCGCCCCGACUCGCCACCCAAGGAUGUUAGAGUCGGUGCUGUAAACCCAUACGCACUGGUCGAGGCGCUUCUCAGCCGAAACAUUGACACCUAUUCGACGAAGUCGGCCCAGAUCAUCUCCAAUGUUCUGCAGACGGACUAUGAUGAGCUUUUCGACAUGAAGCAUAACUCAGUGCUUUUCACCGGACUGAGACUUAACGAAAAAGACAGGAAGGCCGAGAAGCUGUCCGAGAAAGACAUGAGGAUCCUGAAUGAGCGGGAUCUCAUGACUCCCGAUUUGUCGGAGGUCAGGAAGCUUGAUGACCUCGAGAGGAUCGGAUUGAAGGAUCUGGGCAAAACUCAUGUUAAGAGGGCCCGCAUGCAGAAUGGCAAGCUCCAUUUGGUUCUUCAUGCUCACUCCUUGGGCAAGACGGUGUCCAACCGCGAGGUGACCAUCUCGUGGCGCGACAUGUACGACUACUUCUUCCAAACCGUCAACAAGCGUCUCAUUGGCGACCUCACCAUGUUCCAGAUCGGCGAGCGGCGCGAGACCAUGCACAACUUCGAUGAUCCAACUCAAGGCUGCGCCAGCAAUAGCUGGCUGAUUGCCGCGCUGUUCUCGGUUUUCUGGGCCGAUCCUCACAUCAUCAACCGCGCUACUCGCAUUCACCAGGAGAAGAACGAGAAGAAGCGCCUGUCCAUCAAAUUCCAUGACAAGGGCGGUGACAACAACGCCCGCACCGAGACUGUGGAAGUCGACUAUGAGAUCCCCAUCAACAACUCCAACAACAUGCCUCUGUAUUGCCGUUCCAGCGAUGGUGCUGACAUUUGGCCUGCGCUGUACGAGAAGGCAUUCGCUAAGUGGAUCACUGGCAGCUCCUCGGAGCAGCCUGACAUUACCCAGACGCAUUCUGGUGAUCCCAUCAAGGCCAUGGCACAGAUCAAUGACCGGGAACCUCACUAUUUCAGAACUGAGAACCAUUCUGCCCACGACCUCUUGGGACUGGUCCGCUCUAACUGCGUCAACUUCAAGACUAUCAAUCCGAUGGCGGCCUGGACCUACGCCACUGGAAACAACUUUAGGGGCAGCAAUAUCAUUGCCAAUCAUGCAUACUCCAUUCUUGGCUACACCAUUCUUGGGGACAAGCAAUACGUCGUUUUCCGCAACCCAUGGGGCGUCACUGAGCCAAUUGGGCUGAACAGCUAUCCCGGGCUGCUUGAGCGCCUUGACUCUCAGUUGUGGCACCCAGCGUCCUUGCUUGACCACGGUGGCGUCUUCGCCAUGGAGCCAGAGGCAUUCAAGCACUGUUUCUCCUACAUGGGUGUUGCGAAAUAAGUCACCCACGACUUAUAAGUCAGCAGUUGCACACUUUAAAUCAAACUUCUUUGAUCAGCUCUCUCUCAUGUUUGAUUACCGUCUUUUGUGUGAUAAACAUGGUUCGUUCAUUUAGUAAGGCUGAUGCAGCUGCUGGUGAAAUAUUGGAAGGUGGGCAGGUGAGUGCGGCCAGCGAGGUAAAUGGGGACUGAGAUUUUAUCACCG